AUGGCCGACCCUGAAAGCUGCGUUGUCAAAGAACAGAGGAGAUUGUUGCUGAUUUUACUCCUCUUCGUUUGUAACGCUCGUUGUCAAGUGAGAUAUUCAAUUCCGGAGGAGAUGGCGACAGGCUCCGUUGUGGGAAAUAUCGCCGAGGAUUUAGGAAUCGACCUUAAGAGGCUGCGCGGCGGACGAGCUCGCAUCGUCGCUGGAGACAGUAGUCGGUAUGUGGAGCUUAACACAGACAAAGGAAUAUUGUCGGUGAGCGAGAGAAUAGAUCGGGAGCUUCUAUGCAAACAAACAUCUCCGUGUAGUUUCAGCUUUGAGAUUAUUCUAGAAAACCCUAUUCAGCUGUACCGCGUUACUAUAUUUAUCCAAGACCAGAACGAUAACGCGCCUCAGAUUCUCUAUCCAGUACAAACUAGUGCCUCUCUCGUGGCUGAAAUGGUGCCUCGUUCAGCAGAUGUUGGCUAUCUUGUUACUAAAGUGGUCGCUGUUGACGUGGACUCCGGACAGAAUGCCUGGCUCUCAUAUAAACUGCUGAAAUCGACAGACAGAGCUCUGUUUGAAGUGGGCCUGCAGAAUGGAGAAAUAAGAACUUCACGCCAGGUCACUGAUAAAGAUUCUGUGAAACAAAGACUCACCGUUGUUGUUGAGGACAACGGACAGCCCUCACGCUCUGCUACAGUGAAUGUCAAUGUGGCGGUGGCUGACAGCUUCCCGGAAGUGCUCUCAGAAUUCACUGAUUUUACGCACGACAAGAAUUACAAUGACAACUUGACUUUUUAUUUAGUAUUAGCAUUGGCUGUAGUUUCCUUCCUCUUCGUUUCAUCAUUGGUAGUUUUAAUAUCAGUGAAAGUCUACAGAUGGAGACAAUCCCGCAUCUUCUAUCAGUCCAGUCUUCCAGUUAUUCCUUACUAUCCGCCCCGUUACGCAGACGGAGAUACAGGGACUCUACAGCACGUGUACAAUUAUGAGUUGUACAGGACCACUGACUCCAGAAAGAGUGACAUUAAGUACCUCAGACCCAUCAGUCAAAGCCUCGUCAGUGUUGAUGCAAGUGGCGCAGAGACCAUGCCGCACAUGCACAGGGAGAAGACACUGCUAGAAACCGAGGAUUCUUCAACAGAGGCUCUGGAGCACCUCCCAUGUUACUGCUGCGCACAAGAGACAGAGAAAGGGUAG